CAUUUCAUUAGUCGCUUACGAACUUUAUUGGAGAAGGAACCAACCCAUAAGCAGGAAGAUGGCUUCCCAGAUCCAGUCCAAUUGGCAUUCUUCAGAAGUCCUUGGCCCACUUUUUUAGUGAUGACCGCCUACCUUCUCUUCGUGCUGAAGGUGGGUCCCAAGCUCAUGGAGCGUCGACAGCCCUUUGAGCUGCGCGGCGUGAUCAAGGCAUAUAACAUUAUACAAAUCGUGUACAAUUCUACAUUGUUCAUAUACGCCUGCUAUGUCGCCUAUAAUUUCUACGACAUGAGGUGCCCCGUCAGUCUGCCUUUGGACCAUGAGGGUAAGGACCAGAGCGAUUUGUCGCCAACGCGUUCUACAUCAACAAAUACAUUGAUAUGCUGGAAACUGUGUUCUUUGUGCUGCGCAAAAAGAGCAGACAGAUAUCCUUCCUGCACGUUUUCCACCAUUUGGCUGUUGUCCUGGCCUCUUACCUCACCCAGACGCUAUAUGGCCACGGUGGUCUUGUUGCUUGGAUGGUUAUACUUAAUUUAAUCGUACACUCACUCAUGUACACUUAUUACCUGAUGUCCUCCAUAAACCCGGAAGUGCAAAAGGCGUCUCUCUGGUGGAAGAAGUACAUAACCAUGAUCCAGCUAAUCCAAUUCGCCUUUAUCAUGAUCCAUAUGAUCGACAUGCUUAUGCAGAGCGAUUGCAAAGCUCCACGACCUGGGAUCUAUGGCUUUGGCUUUCUUUACUCGGCCCUGACUGUUAUGUUUUCCAAAUUCUACUAUCAGACGUACAUAAAUCCCAAAAAAAAGGUUAAGCGGUCCUAAUAAUCAUAAAUCUGCCGGAUAUUCUUUCAUUUGAAUAAUAAUACUAUAACUAUGGAACAUGUGAUGUUAGAACUGAUGUAAGUAUCGUCAGUUUAAUUGUGCAAUAAGAAUGUCUUAUAAAUAUUAUGUUACGUUAAA